AGAAAAAAAAGAGAACAUUGAAUGUCAGAAGAGAUGAGAUGAGAGAGAGAUGUUGAAUGAGAGCAAAAACACUGUCAUAUUACCAGUUGCGUCAUCAUCAACCCACAACACACUCUCCUCUCUUAUUUUUACAUCUCCUUCCUUUCACCAUCUCUUUAUAUUUUCCCGAGAAAUAAAUCGAAAAAGCUUUCUCUAGGUAUUUUUCUUGAUUUGUCUAUUACACAUCUCUCUCUCUCUCUUUUUCUGAGGAAAUCUAUUACACAUCUCUCCCCCCUCUCUUGCAUCGCUUGCUUUCAUCUGUUUGGUCUCCUUCUUACUUUUUCUAGUAAAGUACAGAGAGAGAUUCAGACAUAAGACAUGGGGUUAGGGUUUUGAGGUAAGAGAGAGAGAGGCAAGUAUGCGUGAGUUACAUCCUUUUUGAGUGACCCUGGAUUCUCCACCGCCUAACGACCGCCGUCGCCGCCGCCGCCUCGACGAAGAAGACGACGCCGAGCUUCCUCAAUAUGCUCCUCAACCAAUGGCAGAAGACGACGAAGCUCACCGCUUCCUCCACCCUCCAGCACCGCCGUCUUCUUCUUCAAUGAGACGCCGCGCUACGUCGGAGGUGGCGAACGGCGGCUGCGGCGAGAUAGUCGAGGUGCAAGGAGGUCACAUUGUGCGGUCCACGGGAAGGAAAGACCGGCACAGCAAAGUCUGCACGGCGAAAGGGCCACGUGACCGGCGCGUGAGGCUAUCGGCUCACACGGCGAUUCAGUUCUACGACGUUCAAGACCGGCUUGGGUUCGACCGGCCGAGCAAAGCCGUUGACUGGCUUAUCAAAAAAGCGAAGACUUCCAUCGACGAGCUCGCUCAGCUUCCGCCGUGGGAUCCGGCGGAUGCGAUUCGCAACGCCGCCGCGAACGCUAAACCGAGAAGAACCGCCGCGAAAGCUCGAGUUUCUCCAUCUCCUCCGCCGCAGCAGCUUCAGUUCAGCGGCGGAACGGCCGUGGGAUUCGCCGGAGCAACGGAACGUCGGAGUAAUGAUAAUAACCAGUCGAGCUUUCUUCCGCCGUCGAUGGACUCAGAUUCGAUUGCUGACACUAUAAAGUCGUUUUUCCCGGUGGUUGGCUCCACGGCGGAGGCUCCGCCGCAUCAGCUUAUGCACAACUACCAUCAUCAUCAUCCGCCGGAUUUGCUUUCAAGAACCAAUAGUCAAAACCAAGAUCUCCGUCUCUCGCUGCAACCGUUCCCGGAUGGUCCACCGUCGCUUCUCCACCACCACCACCACUCCGUAGCCGAGCCUGUUCUGUUCUACGGGCAGAGCAACCCGCUAGGGUAUGACACGUCGACGGGUGGCUGGGAGCAACAGUCAAUUCAGAGACUGGUGGCUUGGAACAGCGGCGGAGCAAACGAUACAGGAAACGGAGGAGGAGGAGGAGGGUUUCUGUUUGCUCCUCCUCCUAAUCAUCCUACUUCAACGACGUCGUUUCAGCCAGUACUUGGCCAAAGCCAGCUUUAUUCUCAGAGGGGUCCCCUUCAGUCCAGUUACAGUCCCAUGAUCCGUGCUUGGUUUGAUCCUACUCACCACCAUCAUCAAUCCAUCUCCACUGACGAUCUCAACCACCACCACCACCAUAUGCCUCCGCCAAUUGCUUCAGGUGAGUUCUCUUCCGGUUUUCGGGUACCAGCACGGUUUCAGGGUCAAGAAGAGGAGCAGCACGACGGUCUAAACAACAAACCGUCCUCUGCUUCUCGCCAUUGAUAACAAUCCAAACCAACAUCCUCUGAUUCCAGGGCUUGUCAAGCUUCUAUUAACAUUGAAAGCUUGGCUUAGAUUGUUCUGAACAGGGAAGACGUUCUCUCGGUUUGUGUAAUUCAAUGGCUUGAAAAAGGCAAGGAAAGGAUGAAGCACCAUUUCAGGUUCUUCCAAUGUCCUGACCUUGCCAAUUGUAAUUUUCUUCCUUUUUUUAUCAGUUAGACAAUGUUCUGUAACUCAAUUAUGGUUAGAUUCUGAUUCUAAUGCUCCUUCUUGUUGUGUUGUGUCUGGAAACCUUUUUGUUGUGUUUUGUACCAUUAUCAUCCUCUUGUUACUGCAAUAGCAAGGUACUUGAGAAAUUGCAGUUCCUUCUUGUUGUGUGUAACUCCAUCCAUGAAUAUGCUUUAAUAAA